GUCUCCCGUCGGCCGUGGCGUCUCUCAUUUCAACCUAUAAAAAAGAACCCUUUGCCCUUUUCUGUUCUCCUCCAGUCCUCUUCUCUCUCUCUGUCUCGCUUUCUCUCAUACGAACUGCGCUAGGGUUAGGGUAUAGCCCUCGGCCCUCCGCUUCUUCGUCCGGUGUUCUUCUCUUCCAGGUCUUUCUUCUUCGUUCUCCGGGGUCGGGUGCCAUGUCGCUGAGGCCAAGCGAGCGGGCGGAGGUCCGCCGGAACCGGUACAAGGUGGCGGUGGACGCGGAGGAGGGCCGGCGGCGGAGGGAGGACAACAUGGUGGAGAUCCGGAAGAGCCGACGGGAGGAGAGCCUCCAGAAGAAGCGCCGCGAGGGCAUGCAGGCCCAGCCCUUCCCCCCUCCCGCGUUACACGCGUCCGCUCUCGAGAAGAAGUUGGAGAGCCUUCCGGCGAUGGUGGCGGGUGUCUAUUCGGACGACAGCACGCUGCAGCUUGAGGCAACCACUCAGUUCCGAAAGCUUCUAUCUAUAGAACGAAGCCCUCCAAUUGAGGAGGUUAUCCAAUCUGGAGUGGUUCCCCGCUUUGUGGAAUUCCUUACAAGGGAAGAUUUUCCCCAACUUCAGUUUGAAGCAGCUUGGGCACUCACCAACAUCGCCUCAGGGACCUCAGAGAAUACCAAGGUCGUGAUAGAUCACGGGGCUGUUCCGAUAUUUGUUAAGCUUCUAAGUUCCCCCAGCGAUGAUGUCCGCGAGCAGGCGGUAUGGGCUUUGGGAAACGUUGCUGGUGAUUCCCCAAGAUGCCGUGAUCUUGUUUUGGCCAAUGGCGCAUUGAUUCCACUGUUGGCUCAACUGAACGAGCAUGCCAAACUCUCAAUGUUGAGGAAUGCCACAUGGACUCUGUCGAAUUUCUGCAGGGGAAAACCACAACCAGUUUUUGAGCAGGUUAAGCCAGCUCUUCCUGCACUUGAGCGCCUCAUUCAUUCAAAUGACGAGGAAGUUCUCACUGAUGCAUGCUGGGCACUGUCAUAUUUGUCAGAUGGUACCAAUGACAAAAUCCAAGCUGUAAUUGAAGCGGGUGUCAUCCCUCGGCUUGUAGAGCUGCUUAUGCAUCCUUCACCUUCGGUGCUUAUUCCAGCUCUACGGACUGUUGGUAACAUUGUCACUGGAGACGACGUGCAGACACAGUAUGUUAUCAAUUAUCAGGCACUUCCUUGCCUCCUGAGCCUCUUGACGCACAAUCAUAAGAAAUCCAUAAAGAAGGAAGCUUGCUGGACCAUUUCAAAUAUCACAGCUGGAAAUAAGGAUCAGAUACAGGCUGUGAUUGCUGCUGGUAUCAUUGGUCCUUUAGUUCACCUGCUGCAGACUGCUGAAUUUGAUAUCAAGAAGGAGGCAGCGUGGGCCAUCUCGAAUGCAACUUCUGGUGGUACCCAUGAUCAAAUUAAGUUUCUAGUGGGCCAGGGCUGCAUCAAGCCGUUGUGUGAUCUCCUUGUUUGCCCUGACCCAAGAAUUGUUACUGUUUGUUUGGAAGGGCUCGAGAACAUCUUGAAGGUUGGCGAGGCCGAAAAGAACUUAGGUGCAACUGCGGGUGUGAACCUGUAUGCGCAGAUGAUUGAUGAAGCUGAGGGCUUAGAGAAGAUUGAGAAUCUUCAGAGCCAUGACAACACAGAGAUCUAUGAGAAGGCUGUAAAGAUCCUCGAGACAUAUUGGUUGGAGGAGGAAGAUGAUGCCAUGCCUACAGGUGAUGCUGCUCAAAGUGGGUUCCAGUUUGGGAACAACGAGCAGGUCCAAGUUCCAUCUGGUGGAUUCAACUUCAGUUGAAAGAAGAUUGCAUUGUGCCCAACCUGCUGGAUUUUCUGCAGACAUUGAAGGAUGGUGUCCCAGCAAUGUUGAUGGGGCCUGUUCAAAUGUCGGUCGGGGGAGUCUUGUGUUAUUGUCCGGUCGGGUCCAGUCGGUCCAGUCUGAAGCGUUGAUGAAGGUUCUACCAAAUAAAGGAGCAGGUUUUAUGGCAGACAUCAUUCCAGGGUGCAUUCUGGUUCUGAGACAAGUCUUAUUGGUCUAGCUCCUCUGGCUUCCUACCAGUGGAUAUGAGGUUAGCCUGAUGGUCUAUGAAUGUCAGAAAGGGAGUGGAAAAUAUUUGGCCCACUUUGAGUCAAAAAGUAUGUGUUGUUGCAUGUUGCAGGUGAUUAUAAAACACAGGUUAUAGUCUUUUUACCUCAUGUAUAGCAUGAGUUCUCUUUUAGAGGUUUAAUAGGGUCCAUUCUUGGUUUGUUUCUCUUGAAGGGGUCGUUUGUUUGACCUUUCUGAUAGAGUGUAUUGUAGCAUGUCGUGCAAGUCACAGCAACUUCAAAACGUUGAGAAAUGGAAUUGAAGUAUCUUAUUUGUGUCCA